UGUAUGAAGAUCUGCUGUUUUUUUUCUUCCUUUCGGCGAGCUCUGCACCCGCGAAAACAAAAAGGGGUUGCAUGCUGGUGCAGGGAAGGAAUCGUUUUCAGCGCUAAGACAGUCCGCUUUCGAUCAGUGCAUCGUCGAUUCAGUUCCCGAUUUCGCAGCGAGGGAGGGAGGUGGGGGAAAUGGAGGCCGAAUUGAAAGAGAUGCUCGACGAUCUCGAGUCGCUCGGGCGGUCCUUACCCGAUCCUUCCCGCAAUGCCUCCAUCGACAAGCUGAGGUCGCGGGUGAAGCAUCUAUCCGAGCUUGCAAAGUUUGCCCCAGCUCAUCGCUCGAAAGUCAAGGAUAUGAGUGCUGAGGUUGUAGACAGUAACCCUUACAGUAGGCUCAUGGCACUACAAAGGAUGGGAAUUGUGGAGAAUUAUGAAAGGAUACGCGAGUACUCAGUUGCUAUAGUUGGAAUUGGUGGUGUGGGAAGUGUUGCUGCUGAGAUGCUCACACGGUGUGGCGUAGGUCGCCUCCUGCUGUAUGAUUAUGACAAAGUCGAGUUAGCUAACAUGAACAGGCUAUUUUUCCGUCCAGAGCAGGUUGGGAUGACAAAGACCGAUGCUGCUGUACAGACUCUGUCAGACAUAAAUCCAGACGUUGUCCUUGAGAGCUAUACAUUGAAUAUAACGACAGUGCAAGGCUUUGAAACCUUCAUAUCAAGUUUGAAGAAUAAGUCCUUUCGUCCAGACAAAGAAGGUAGCGGCGUGGAUCUUGUGUUAAGCUGUGUUGAUAACUAUGAAGCGAGAAUGGUUGUUAACCAGGCUUGCAAUGAGUUGAAUCAGACAUGGAUGGAAUCUGGUGUCUCUGAAGAUGCUGUGUCUGGUCAUAUCCAAUUGCUGAUUCCUGGGGAAACGGCUUGUUUUGCCUGUGCUCCUCCUCUUGUUGUAGCAUCUGGAGUAGAUGAACGUACACUUAAGCGUGAAGGGGUCUGUGCUGCAUCGUUACCAACUACAAUGGGAGUUAUUGCAGGUCUUCUUGUUCAAAAUACACUAAAGUUCUUGCUUAAAUUUGGACAUGUCUCACCAUACCUGGGAUACAAUUCCCUUAAAGACUAUUUCCCAACCAUGGAAAUGAGGCCAAAUCCUCAAUGUGCAAAUGCAGCAUGUCUAGAACGACAGAAAGAAUACAUGCUUGCGAAGCCAGCUAGGGAUGCUGCUGCUAAAGCCAAGAUGGAGGCUGAGGCACCAUCUGCUGCUGAAUGUCCUCUUCAUGAUGAUAAUGAGUGGAACAUAAGUGUUGUUGAUGAUAGUGAUACGAAGAGGACAGAUGCUGCAAGUUCAGUCCGUGCAGAUGCUCUUCCCGAAGGACUCACUCGAGAACUUCCUAGUGCUGAUGAGUUUAAGAAUGCUUCCGCUUCUGGAUCAGCAGAUACGAAUAUUGAUGACCUCGAAGAUCUAAGGAAGCAACUUGAAGCCCUUAAUUCUUAAUUCUAUUUAAGGUGCAAACUAUGUAUUUCACCUAAAGUGACUUUCUCAGAAAAUUUUUGACCAAUUUCGAGGAGCCUUCAAUUUGUGACACAGCCUUUACACACAAGUAGAAGAAGAAAAUCAGAACUGCAGUCUUACCUUUCGUAGUGUCAUUUUUUUAAUCCUUUUUUCUUUGCCUUUUUCUUUUGCUAAGACUCUUGAAGGCUUCACAUGUAGCAUGAUUUGUAGGUUUAGAAAUUACAAGUUUACAUGGGUUCAGCAAGAUUAA